AUGGUGGAUGUUGGAAUUGGAGCACUUCUUAUAGUCUUGGGAGUGAUCAUAGGUAUAUUGGUGACCCUCCUAAUUCAAACGAGGCGCAGACAGUCAUCGCGUAACGAUGGGUCUAAUAAUAAGCAAAGGGGAAAUCAAGGGGACGAAGAAACGGGGAAUCAGGGAACAAACGAGAGAGCUGCUGAAAAAGCCAGACAAGCCAGAAUUGCUGCAAACAACAGUCAUGCGAAGGAUACAAAUUCAGAAGCAUUCGAUGAAUCCAUCCGAUAUGCCAAGCCCAACUAUGAUGGCGACGGCCAGUAUGAGGAAGCCCACAAUGGUACCACCAAGGUCAGUUACGAGGAUGACGGCAAUCUGAGAUGUCCACAGAAUUUACACGAAGCCCAAUUGAGAAGACAACGAAUGCCUUCCAUGAUCAUCUUGGUCCGACAUGGCGAAAGUGAAGGUAAUGCGGAUCACACACUGUAUCGUACCAAACCAGAUAAUCUUGUGGAAUUGACUCAAAAGGGAAUGAAACAAGCUCACAAGGCGGGGAAACGAGUGGAAAAGGUAUUCAACUCUAUAGAUGUACAAGCUCAUGAGAAACGAAAGUCCCUCGGGGAAGAUACAUCCGGAACACAUACGGCCGCCAUUCGACGAAUACAUUUGGUGAUUUCGCCCUUUGAACGGACACGCCAAACGGCUGCUGCCAUGCGCCCAUGGUUUGCCCAUCGGAUCGUUCGUACCAAUCUCGAACCUCGCAUUCGAGAACAAGAAUUUGCCAAUUUGCAAGGUCAUGAUUUCGGUGACUUUCGAAAGGAGCAAAAACGGGUGGGCCGCUUCUGGUAUCGCUUUCCGACAGGAGAGAGUGGGUCUGAUGUGUAUGACCGCGUCAAGUCUUGGUGGCAAGAUGACGUGAUGAACGUGAAUGAGCGAUAUGGAUUCGAGAAAGUCGAUGCCAUGGUAGUCGUCACACACGGUUUGACCAUGCGGUUUGUGCUGAUGCAGCUCUUUGGUUGGUCCCCGACGACUUUUCAUUCUGUUUGGAAUGCCGACAAUUGUAGCAUGUAUGUCUUGCGCAAGGACUUGUCGAAACCGGGACCCUCGCCAUAUGUAUUCGACGAAGUGUCAGGAGAUGCACCACAAUCUUCCAUUGAUUUGAAAGUGGAAUUUGAUGGCUUUCACAACAAGAUAUACAAGCUGCACGACUACUUGAAGAUACCCCCACCUAGAACUCGGCAUCUGAAUGAAGUCAAGGCAAAGUUAGCGGAGCAGUAUCCCGAAGUCGACAAGGACCGCAUUAGCAGUGUUGUCUUCUUGCCAUUCAUGGAGGGUGCAGUGGCCGAACAGCGAACUAGAACUGGGCGGCGAGCUAGCUUGAGCGCGGUCGAGACUCGUGGAGCAGCAGGAGGAGGUUCUACUCAGCUAGGCGGAGGACGACAGGAGCGACAAAAACGAUUUCACCAUUCGAAAAGUGACGAUUUGGGUGGUUUCUGUCCCCACCCCGAGCUCUACGCUGAACAGGAAGAGGGUUGGUCCUAA